GCGUUUUGAUUACGUCAUCAACGUGCGCCACAGAGUCGUGCGUGUGAGAUACAUCCUAAGGGGAAGAGGCCGUCAUAGGUUUAUUUCGAAGAAAUCACUUCGUUUGAACAGGUCUAGUCUGAAUUUUUUUUGUCCCUUCCCGAUAUUCUUCCUCAAUUCACAUUUCCUUUUGACGCUCGGAGUAAAACCUCAUAGAUCAAGCCACGACCGCCGAAAUUGAUUUAUGGAGCGUGCUGGCUUUCUUUUACAACAGAAUAUGGAAACUGAAGAAGAUGCUCCCCCUCCAAAGCAGCAACCUAUGAUAUACAUCUGCGGAGAUUGCCACAAAGAAAAUGAGAUAAAAGCAAGAGAUCCUAUCAGAUGCAGAGAGUGUGGUUACAGAAUAAUGUAUAAGAAAAGAACAAAAAGAUUGGUUGUAUUUGAUGCCCGAUGAAGAGAACAGAAGAUGCAUCUAAUUGAUCUGAAUUCAUGUCCAUUCUGUGUUGAUUUUAUUUAAGCAAAUACUCCAAUUUUGGUUCUUGCAAUAAAAUUUUAUUCAAGUA